UUUUUUGGCUACUUUUUUUUUGGGUGAACUGAAAUUAUGUUGACUCAACGUGCUAGCAGCAGCCAGCCAGGCGCUGACGGUAAAAGCAACAACGCCAGCAGCAGCAGGCAGCAGCAAUCACAACAAAAGCAGCAACAACCUAACAACGGGACAAUAACUGCGUUGUAGUUGUUAGCCAAUUUCAUUGGACUUUUUAAUUUAAGUGCAUUUUCCGUACUGCUUGGCAAAUAACUAACGCAAAAUUACACAUAUUGUGCGCAGAAAUUUAACCUAGAGGAGGAACAAGAAAGUGCUGUGAAAAAACUCUUAAAGUGAGAGGAAACGAAAAAAGAAAUAACGAUAAACCUCAAAGAGAGUGUGAGCUAGAGAGAGGCAGGGAGAGAGCGAGAGAAUCGAAAUAUUCGCAAUUCAUUCACAAGUGCAAUGUGAACAAUAACAACAACAACAAUGGCCAGAAAAUAGAGCGGCUUAGGAUGCAACAACAACAACAAAAACAAAAUAAGAAAGAAAAAUGCAAAAAAUGAGUGAAGCGCGUGCUUAACCUAAAAGUGCAAGACCACUCGCACAAGCACACGCGAAUACACAAACACCAACACAUAAAAGCAGUCACACUCAAUUCAUUUUCUUUGUUUUCUUCCACUUCCGGUAUCCACAGACAACAAUAACAACAACAACUAAAGCAACAAUAUCGAAAUAAUAAUAACAACAACAAUGCAUAGUUCCUGCUGAGUAGCUUUUUGUAUAAUCGAAUGAAUGUGUCUGUGUGUGUGUGUGUGUGUGUGUGUGUGAGUUAUCCAAGGUAAAGGAGAUGAAACAACAACAACAACUAAACACUGCCGCCUACAAACAAUAAGAUAGCAACAACAACAACCGCCAAAGACAAUGCAAAGAGGACUUGCAAAGAAGAUGACGAAGGACAACUGAGACCGGAAGAGGAAGAGCAAGGAAAGUGUGUAGAACAAGCAGUCGCAGCAGCAAAAGAAAUAGAAAAGAACCCAACCCUCGUAGCUAGUUGAAAUUGACUAGGAAAAAUCAACAAUAAGCAAAAAAAAAAAAAAAAAAGCGAUAACUUGAACUACAAAACUGCACAAAUACACAAACUCAACCAACUAACAACAAUAAAUAUACCAACUAAACUGUAUAAUGGAGCACUAACAACGACUACCAAAUCUACAACAACGAAACGAUAACUGAAAACUUCCGAGCAAACUGCUAUAACUGAAAAACUUCCCUUUCUCCUGUUAACCAAAGUAAAAGGAUCAUAAAUAAUAACACAUUAACUUUACUGAAACUAUAAGUUAAUUAGAACGUUUACUAAUGUUAUUCAUCUAUUUAAAUACAAAAACUCGCACUAAAAACUUUAAACUCAUUGCAAAAUAAAUAUAAAACACAGAUUUAACUUAAUAUGUUAUUCAGUACAUAAAGUCAAGGUAUGUCUUAGAUCAUUUUAAAUAAUACGAGCAAACAAAGUUAACGAAAAAAGUUCUUAUUAUCGUAUAACUAUAACCCUAUAAGUAUUCAUAAUGAUAAUUAAAACAUAACAAUGAUGAACGAAACUCUACAAAAACAAUCUGGCAAAUAUUAAAUUCUUAAUCACAUUUCAAAAUUAUCAACGACAAGUUCGCAAGCGGAAACAAAUAAUUUAUUAAAUAAAUUAUUCAUAAAAAAUCUCUAAGAAAUGCAUCAUGAUCUUUGGUUACUACUUAUUGAUUGCCACCAAUUGGGAAAAGUGAAAUGAAAAUAUUUCCUGUCAAAAGCCACUACAACUCGCCCCAAAAUACACCAACAACACACCGACGUCACGGACUAAGCAUUUCAAAGAACCUAAGGAUUAAUUUAUGGACCAAAAUCAAUCCAUAAAAGUAAUGGCGGCAGUUCGUUUGAAGAUGCACAAUCGUCUUUAACAAACAAAACCUUUCACCAACAAAUCACCAACCAAGAGAAAGGAAUUCUUUAAAAUGGAACGCAUGUGGCGAAAGGUAAACCACAGUCUGCGCAACACCAACAAGUCCCAGCAACCACAGCCCCUGCUCCAGCAGCAGCCAGGUGGCGAAGGGUCCAACGUUGGUGGCACGGCAGCCACGCCACAGUCUACCGAUACCAUCAGUUCGGCGGGUGGCUUUGGGGACGGUCAGCUGGUGGUUGCAGUUCAGGGAUUGCCACCCGGCGGAGGAGAAGGAAGAGGAGGAGGAGCCAUCACUGCCACCGGUGGCUGCAAUGCCACCGGCAGACGCCUAGCCAGCAGCGGAGGAGGCGGCAGUUGCCACAAGUCCCUAAGCCAGCAUGUUCUUCAAACGCGCACCGCAUCCUCGGAGCGGCGAAGGCGUCGCCGGCGGAAGAGUAGACCGCGUCGCGGCGGCGGUAUAGGAGCAGUUACCAGUUGCGUUGGCGAUCCAGGCGGUGAUAAUAUGUCCUCCUCCGGUGGCUUCUAUACACUAAAGGACCACCACCAGCACCACUACCGACCCAGUCACCAUCAUGGCGGUGGCAUGGUCGGCGGAGGCGGUGGCUCAUCGAGGCGUCUGUUUGCCACCUCGGCGCCCAGCGGCACUGUGAUGAUGUACCCGAAUUCCCAGCGAGCGACUCUCCUGGCAGCCACUGGAGGAUCUGGUGCCGGUCAGGCAGCAUCUACCUCAGGGGCAGGAGGAGGAGGAGGCGGAACCGGAGGCGUAGGAGGAGCUGGAACCGGAUCUGGAGUACAACCGGACAUCUCGCUGCGACAGCGGGCGGUGGCCAAGUUGCGAAUGUUCAACUUUCAUUUGAACUGGGAUCUGCACAUGACGCACUGCAAGCCCUGCGGACCUCGACUGAGCGGCAGUGGGGGCAAUAUAAUUACGCGUCGCCUGUGUCGAAACCGCCGGCGGGAGGACAAUGAGCUGUACCGCUCCAACAGCUUCAAGUUCGAGCGUUUUGAGCGGAAGGAGUGCCUCGAGGAGCUGUCCAACACGUUGCAGAAGCAGAUUGCCAUCUGUGAUGAUUACAGCCUGCCCGUAGACUUUGUUAAAAAACGACCGUCCAGCUUCGAUCCGUGCCUGGCGGAGGCGAUACCAGCGAAUCCUGAGCACUGGAUAGCCCCCAGUCCGCAAGCCGAGUUUCUACCAUUUGGCGAAGCCCAACAAGCGGGGCAGCAACCAACUGCAGCAGCAGCAGCAGCGGGAGCAGCUUCAGCGGCAGCCACCUCAAUUGCCGCAGCAGCAGGAGCAGCAGCAGCGCCUCCCCCCGCAGCAGCAGUAACUGCAACAGCAGCAGCAACAUUAAACAACAACAACAACAGCUGCGGCAUAACGCAUACGCAGCCCAACGCGCACAAUCAGAACAACAACAACACCUUGCCAGUGGGCGGGGCACAACAGCAGCUGUUACAGCAACAGCAACAGCAACAACAGCAACAGCAGCACCUGCAGCAGCGGGCAACUCUGCAACAUCCGCCGCUGCCCAAUAGCAACAUCAAGCAGGCUUCGGUGAAGCUAAUCGAAGGAUACUCGGAUCCCAAGGACACGCGCAGCCACAAGAAGGUCUACCACAAGAAGGCCAAGAGACGCAGCCAGCCGGGUCACAAGCGGCAUCAGCAACAGCAGCAGCACUUGCAACAGGCGCUGCCGCAGCAACAGACUUUGCCAACGCCCAGGAGUGCGGGACAGCAGCAGCAGCAGCAGCAGUUGCAGUUGCAGCAGAGGCACUCCACCUACAACAACAACAACGGCAAAUUGCGAAAGGAUAAACGCAAUAGUCAAUAUAAUUCAGAUUCCUCGGCGCCCAAGUCCUCCGACGACGAGGCGGACAUAGACGAGGAGGUUGAGCAGCAGCCGCCAUUACCACUACCGCCCAACGCGGCCGCUGCACAGGCACCACAGGCUGGACACGGUCUCAAUUCACCAGAUUCCAUAUCCGAUGACCUGGUGCGUCCCCUGCCCCCGCAACUGCAGCGAAGUCCACGCAAACUGACCGUUGCCCCCGCCGAGCACAGCAAGCGCCAACCGUCGCCCUACUACUACUCCGAUCUCCUAAAGAGCCGCGACAAGGACAAGGAGCGGGACAAGGACAGGGAGGAGAUCAAGCUCAAGUGCCGCCAGUCAACGGCCAGUGAGCCACCCCAACAGCAGCACCAGCAGACGGUUGGCUAUCGCAAGAGCUCCAGCUUGGAUGUGCCCCAGGCCGAGGAGCAGCAGCACCCACAACAGGAUAGUCAAGGAGAGGAGGAGCAUCAUCAUCAUCAUCAUACCGAGCUUGAGCUAACUGAGGAUCUCGAGGAACAGGAUCCCGAGCCCCGUCCCGACUCGCAGUCAACGCCCAAACGUUACAGCUUCACCGAGGAGGGUGUCCACAUCAUUCGCUGCGAGACGCCCAGCACUAGCACCUCCGAGGAGUCCGACUGUAGCGAGUGCCUCAAGCGACGCGAGUGGCACGCCCGGGCCUUGGCCUUAGUCCGAAAGACUUGUAACGUCCAGCCGCGGAAUCAGCAGAAUCCGAAUCCCACCACUGGCAGCGAGCUUCAGCUCCAGCUACAGCAUUGCGACUCCGGCGAGGGCGAGCUGCUCAAGUGCUGCCCCCCACCACCAGCAGUAGCAGCAGCAGCAGCCACACAGCAGUCAUUAGCUUCGCUACCACUACCGCUGGGAGCUGAGGCCAGUGUCCAGCCGAUGCCACCGCACCGCCUGCUGGGACUGGGACCAGCAGCCGUGUGCGGAGCGUGCAUAACAUCCGCCUCCGCUUUAUCCAAGGCCAACGCCUCCGCCUCCGGCGGCCGGGGGCCCGAGCCCGGCGAUGAGCUGGAGGAGGAGUACUUCCGGCCGCGCAGCAUCUUCUAUGUGCAUCCGCAUGGCGUUCACGAGUGUGCCGAGUGCGCCCAGCCACCAGCGCCACCAGCAGCAACCGCUAAUGCUUCCGCCCCAGCCUCGGCUUCCGCUCCAUCGCUGAGCAUACCAUCGCAGUCUGUGAACACGCUCGAUCUCUACGGCGACGACGAAGAGGAGGAGGGGGACGACGACGACGACGACGAUUCUGAGGAGGACGACGACGACUCCGAGGACAUCAUGGGCAGCCGGCGGCGGCAGAUAUACGAGACCGCCUUCGAUUGCAAGAUAGCCAAGUCGGAUGACGAUCUGGACGAGGUGGACCGCAUCACCAAUCAUUCGGUGCUGCUGCAGCUGAGCAAUGGCAAUGGCGAUGCCAUCGCCGUACCCACCACAAGUAAGUCGGCCAAGUCGGCCCGCAACGAGUGCAAGCGGGCCAAGAACAGCAAGAACCAGGCGCUCCAAGAGCAGACGGGCGAGGCCCAUGUCCAGGUGCACCAGGUCCAGGUUGAGCUGGGUAAGCUGCAGCUCAGCCAGGUGGACCAGCAGAAUCAAAACCAAAAUAGAGGCACCAGCGGAGGUGGAGCAACAGAGCCCGCUGGAAGCGGAGGCGGAGGUGGAGGAGGAGGAGUAAGUGCCACAAGCACCCAGCAGUUGCCGGUGCGCGGCUAUACCCCAUCGCCCCCGUCGACGGCCCCGCUGCCAAUGAAGUUUCCCGGCAAGCACGAACGCUACCUGAACAUGAACAGCAUUCGGAGUGCCCCCAAUCUGCCGUCAGCCAAUCCGGCGCAUCCCCGUCUCCGGGACUUGCGCCUGCCCAUUCAGUCCAUGCGGCAACAGCAGCAGCAGCUCUGCACGGGCAGCAGCAACGAUAACAGCCUCACCGACAGCGCCUACGUGAAUCCGCCCUCGACCAAUUCCAACUCGAAUGCUGCCUCCGUUUCGGCCUCUGCUUCCGUUUCCGCCUCCGCUUCGGCAUCCGCGGCUGGAGGAGGAGGAGGAGGAGGAGUCCCGGGAGCUGCCCGACGGCCACGCUCCUUUGUGCUGGAAUCCGGCCGGGUUCUCGAGCUGCGACGCAGUGGCGGCACCAGCGGAGGAGGUCAUCAUCAUCAUCAGCCCGGCGGCCAGACGUCCGGGCAGCGGCAGCAUCAUCAUCACCAUCACCAUCAUCAUGCCGGUGGAGCCAGUGGCGCAGGUGCAGGCAGUGGAGCUGCCAGUCGAAGGAGUCGCCAUGGUCAUGGACAUGGACAGGGCCAAACGACGGGCCAGCAACAGCAGCAGCAACACAACUACAGCAGCACGGAGAGCAUAGCCACGUCCAGCAGCGGCGGCAGCAUGGAGUCGCUGCGCUCCAGCACCAGCGAGGGCAACCGCAGCACCUCCAGCUCCGAGUCGCGCCACUCCAGCUCGCUCAGCUCGCACAGCUCGGAGAGCGGCAGCGGUGGCAGCGGCGGCUCCAGCGUGGCCUAUCCCUUGAGGCCGGCGCCCCUGCUGCUGCACUCCAAGCUGCACAUCCUCAGCCCCAUCUCCGACAAGUCGUCGCAGGAGCCGGCCUCGGCCAGUGCUUCCGAGCAGUCACAACAGCCGUCCCAGCAGCAGCAGCAGCAGGCGCCCGUGGCGGCGCCGGAGGAGGAUUUAAUUGGCAGCCAGCAGGUGUCCACGUCCAUGAAGCAGCAGCGUAGCCGUGGAGCUCCGAACAAGGCGCUGCUCCAGCUGGCCGACGAGCUCCUCGGCUCUGACAGUGGCAUCUCGCUGCAUUCCCGGGAGGAGGGCAAGCCGCAGGCCUUGGCCCUCCAGCGGCUGACGCUGCCCAAGCUCCAGCUGAUCGGGACAGAGGGCACCACUGUCUCUGGAGGCGCUGGGGGAGUUGGGGGAGCUGUGGGUUCUACGGGUUCUACGGGAGCAGGUGGAGCAGCGGGUAGUGGUACUGGAUCUGGAGCUACCGGCGGUGUAACUGGCCUUCCCCAGGAUCUGCGCGACCUGCCCUUCGACAUGCCCAAACUGAGACGCCGCAAGACGCUGCAACAGGAGGCGGCCUGCACAUCGGGCAGUGCCACUUCCGUGGAUCUUGGCGAGCUACCCUUUGACAUGCCCAAGCUGCGGCGACGCCUCAGAGCAAAUCAGGCGGAGAUCAACAAUCUGCUGAUGCACAGCACCGAGUCCAGUGGCAUCUCGCAGGCCUCCUCCAGUCACUCGAUGCGGGAUGACCAGAAAAUGACCAGCAAGUUGGCAGACACGGCUUUGUUCCGGCAGAAUCUCACCCUCAACCUGAACGAGUCGCGGCAGGCCACCAAGCAGUUUGGCAGCCUGGAUCUGCGGGGUCUCAGCAGCACCAAGGAGCUGAACAUGAACCUGAGCCAGGGCUAUGUGACGGCCGUGGAUCUGAUUGAUGUUAGCAUACCGCUGGAGCGGCAGGGUUGGUACCACGGCGCCAUAACCAGGAUCGAGGCGGAGACCACUCUGCGUCCCCUGGCCGAGGGUUCGUUCCUGGUACGCAACUGCGAGUCCACCAAACAGGACUACUCCCUAUCACUCAAGGGCGCCAAGGGCUUCAUGCACAUGCGUAUCCAACGCAACGAGACCGGACAGUAUAUCCUGGGCCAGUUCAGUCGUCCCUUCGAGACAGUGCCGGAGAUGAUUCGGCACUUUUGCCUCAACCGGCUGCCAGUACGUGGUGCCGAGCACAUGUGUCUGAUCGAGCCGGUUAUUGUCCAGCUGCUCUAGGCAGGAUCAGGAUCAUUAGGGUAUGCUUAGGGUUAUGUGGGGAUGAUGGAACCAAACAGAAUAACAUAUUAAUAGCGUGUAGAGGAACCUAGGAACCUAUGUGAACAAUGUAAUGCACUAGUUAUUAUACGCGAGAGAUACAUAAACAUAACAUAAAAUAGUUUGUAAAAUUGCAAUUUUUUCAUAUAUUUUUUUUUUGUUUUUUGUCCUUUUUUUUGUGGUAUUAAUAAUAUUUAUUUGGUUUAUUUUUUUUUUUUUUUUGUAAGCAACAAGAAGAAAGUACACCCAACAGGACACACGAACUAGUUUAGCGUUUAAAGUACGUAGCACAUUCAGACAAUACCAAGAGUAAAAAACAAAAGCGAUAUUUAUAUACAAGGCAUACAUAUAUACAAGCAGGCAUGAUGAUAUAUAUACAAGAUCUAUCUAUAAAUAGACAACCGAAAAAAGGACACGGGGGGAUAUAUGGCUGAGAGGCAUUUUUUAGAUGUGUUUUACACCGAACUUGGAACAGUAGUAGAGAUGCAAUCACAUGACACUCACUUAAGGAUUUCUGCAACUUUCCAUAGCACACACACAAACACACACACACAAGUUACACUUCCGCCAGGAUGCAGGCGAGGUAGCACUUAGUUCAUGGCAGUCAUAGUCAUCGCUUUACACACUAAGAAGAAAAGUUUUAGCAAGCAACUCUAAAAAUUUGUUGAUUAAUUUUAUGUUAACCAAAAAAACAAAGAAAAUGAAGAAAAUAAGAAGAAAAAGAAAAAAUCCAAAAUAUGUAUAUCGAUUAUAUAUAAAACGAGAACUAACUUUAGCAAGCGGAAGAGAAGAGCGAUGCCAUUUUUUUGUCUUAGCUGUUAGGUCACGAAGGAAUAGAAGA